AUGGGCGACGCCCAGGGGAGACCAGCCAAACGCCCGCGUCUCUCUUUCACCCCCGGCUCUCCCUCUCCAGACGAAGUCCCGGUAGACUUCGACCUCUCCACCGCACGCGCGCAAAAUGACCAGAGACUCAAGUCGAUCUUCGAGGGAAUAUUUGACAAAUACGGCAAGGACUUCACCGAAGUAGGCGAUGAGAUUGACUUGGAAACGGGCAAGAUAGUGAUCAACAAUGGCCAUCUAGUUGGGAUGCGCGCUGAGGACGAUCCGGGUGACCAGGCGCAGGAGUGGCUCUUCCAUGAUGCUAUCUCGGGUUUCGAAUAUACGGGUGAUGACGACCCAGAGGCUCGAAGCUUGGAAGAGGGCGAGAAUGAACGGGACCUGGAGACGGAGACUGGCGAUGCGCCGUCCCAUUUUGCGCAAGAAGCUGCAGACUCUGACGACGACCGAGAAAGUGCCGACUCGCUGUGGGACUCUGCGCUGGCAUACAAAGACACAACUGCCCCAGAUAGUCCUAUCAUUUCUCAAGAUUUUAGGCCCAAGGACCCCCUCUGGCAAGUCCCGGAUAUCGAUGCCAAGUUCUCGACACCCACCACGACCAAACGAGUUCAUUUUGCUCCUGUUCUAAACACUCCUCGCUCUGCCUCUCCACCUGGCGCAGGCUCCUUAUGGAGUCUUCCUAAACGAGGUAGACCGCGUACCGAUGGGAGACCCAAGACGACACCGAGCAAGCGCAAGCCACGAGCAAAGCGCAAUCGUGACUGGUCCUUUGCACAGACACCGGAUGCUGACAGCAGCGAAUCCGAUGAUCCGUUGCAGGAGAACCAGGCCUCACCGACGCCUUCAAAAUUGAUCAAUAUCAGAGGAGGGGAGAUGCUGAAAGCCGGUCGUGCGCAGACCAGCGGGCAGGCGUUCGAUCUCGACAAACCAACCGCUGCAUCCGAAGAUGAAAAACCAGAUACACACAACAUUGUGACAUUGGAAGCGCCUACUGUACAUGACAAUACUCCUAUCCGUCAACAAGCCGAGACCGUUCCCGCUCAACCUCUAGCAACAACCCCAAGCACACCCAAGCGCGGCGUGACGCCCGACGCAGCAAGGCAGACCGUGCGCAUGCGACACAUUCAUGGCCGAAAAUGGAAACAGAUUAGUGAUUCGCUGCCGGGGUUUACUUGGACGCAGCUCUACGUUUGGAACCAACGGUACUGGACCGAGCGCCGGGCAAACCCGCCUCUUCUUUCUGCGCCGUGGUCACAGACAGAGCAAGAGACGCUGGCUUGGUUAAAGGACCAGCGCGGUCUUUCUUGGGCGGAAAUCCAUACUGAAUUCCCAAAGCGCUCGUUACCCGAGAUCCAAUUCGAAUUGCUGCGUCUCUGGGUUGGGGAUGCUGUUUGGAAUGACGAGGGCAUGGAGAAUUCUGCAGUGGAUGAGCAGGAGCAGGACCAGCCUAAACCCAGGAAGCCUGCAAGCGAGACGCUCAAGCCUUCUACCGACCAGGUUCCAUCGUUUUCUCAGCGCCUUCGGAACGUGCCAGAUGCUCAAAUGCGCAAACCGUUGAAACCAGUCGGCGCCAGAGAGCAUCCUCCAAAUCGAGACCGGAAGAUGCAGGACGAAUUCGCGAAGCUCGUCGAGGAUGAUGAAGACGACAUCGUGGUCAUCUCCAGCCAAGCAUCCUCACCUUCCAAGCUGUCGGCAAUCCACCUCGACAGUCCUGCUCGCAGCCGCAUCGCCUCAAAAUCCCCCGGGCGCCCAUCGCCCGCGAAGCGUAUGAAGAUGACGCUUUAG